GGGGAGAGAAGUCAGGAUGCUGUGGUUGAUCCGGAUCCGGAUCCGCCCGGCCUGGCGUCAUAGCACCGACAAGAUGGCCGAGAGUACGGGACGAAAGUGAGAGAGAGAGGAAACAAAAACACUGGCGUGCUAUCCUCGCCGCAGAUGCCAGAUCUGUAGAGCUGUCGAAGACAAGUCAGUGCAAAAAAUAAAAGGCUGGGUGAUCGGUGUUUCCAAGCCUCCGUUGUGUGGGUGACAUUUGCGGUAUGCAGACACAUUGUGCUCCGAGCCAGCUCGCUGACAGAACGUUUGUCAGGUCGUCUGCGUUGGCUAGCUAGCUUAGUGAGCUAACCAUGUUAGCUAGCUGACAACACCGUUAGCGGAGAGAAUACACGUUCAGAAAAGUGACAGUUAGGCAAUUGUGAAAUAAACAGUUGUUGUUACCUCUUCGUUUCCGAGAGCUAAAAUUGGUUGCAGCCUGAGCGGGAAAUUUGAUUUAACGCACUAGUUAGCGCUUAGCUAACUGGUUAGCAAGCUAACAUUGCGGAUUUCUUGUUUGCAGCUUCGGAGUUAGCAUUAGCAGACGUCUGUUAGCUUGCUCAGCUGUUUUGGGUGACUUGGGGUUGUUCCGACACAGGAAAGAUACACCGGUGUGUAUAGGAAGGAUAUUUUCCUCUGUAUAUAUAUAUAAAAGUAACCGAGUCGGUUCCGAGCAGGCCCGGGUUAACGGGUGUCGUGGAGGACCGCUAACAUUAACGGUACCACAGCCGGGACUGUAAACAUACGUGAAGCCGAGGAGCUCGCAGCCCUGCGUUGUUGGACGAGGCGCAAACCCAGGCAGCGUCACCAUGGCCCAUUCUCCCGUGCAGGGUCACCUGCCAGGGAUGCAGAAUGCCAAAGCGGACCCGGAGGAGCUGUUCACCAAGCUGGAGCGCAUUGGCAAGGGCUCGUUUGGCGAGGUGUUCAAAGGCAUCGACAAUCGCACCCAGAAGGUCGUGGCCAUCAAGAUCAUAGACCUGGAGGAGGCCGAGGACGAGAUCGAGGACAUCCAGCAGGAGAUCACAGUGCUGAGCCAGUGCGACAGCCCCUUUGUCACCAAGUACUACGGCUCGUACCUGAAGGACACAAAGUUAUGGAUCAUCAUGGAGUAUUUAGGCGGCGGCUCGGCGCUAGACUUGAUGGAGCCCGGCGCUCUGGACGAGACCCAGAUCGCCACCAUCCUGAGAGAGAUCCUCAAGGGUCUGGAGUAUCUGCACUCCGAGAAGAAAAUCCACAGGGACAUCAAAGCUGCCAAUGUGCUGCUGUCCGAGCAAGGAGAGGUGAAGCUGGCGGACUUCGGGGUGGCCGGCCAGCUCACCGACACCCAGAUCAAACGCAACACCUUCGUCGGCACGCCCUUCUGGAUGGCGCCCGAGGUCAUCAAACAGUCGGCCUACGACUCCAAGGCUGAUAUCUGGUCUCUAGGCAUCACGGCCAUCGAGCUGGCGAAAGGCGAGCCGCCGCAUUCGGAGCUCCACCCCAUGAAGGUUUUAUUCCUCAUCCCAAAGAACAACCCGCCCACGCUGGAGGGAAACUACAGCAAACCGCUCAAGGAGUUCGUGGAGGCGUGUCUCAACAAAGAGCCCAGUUUUAGGCCGACCGCCAAAGAGCUGCUGAAGCACAAGCUGAUCGUCCGCCACGCCAAGAAGACGUCCUACCUGACCGAGCUGGUGGACAAGUACAAGCGGUGGAAGGCAGAGCAGUCGAGAACCACAGAGUCCAGUUCUGACGAGUCUGACUCAGAGCAGGACGGCCAGGCGUCGGGAGGGAACGACUUCGGCAGCGACGACUGGAUCUUCACCAUCCGAGAGAAAGACCCCAAGAAGCUGCAGAACGGGGAGGGACAGUCGGGGGCCACAGAUCAGACAAAAGACAUUCCAAAGAGGCCUUAUUCACAGAGCCUGGCCACAGUCAUCUCUCCUGCGUUAGCUGAGCUGAAGGCGCGGCAGGAGCAGGUGAACGGGAACCCCAUGGUCCUGGAUGAGCUGAGGGAAGCCAUCCUGCUGGCGGAGGAGGCCUACCCCGGCAUCUCUGACUCCCUGGUGGCCCACAUGGUCCACAGGCUCCAGAGUUUCUCCACGAGCAGGACGUCCUCCUCCUCCCCGUAGUGAUUGGCUCUCUGCCCCAGCCCUGCUCUCCCAGGCCCCCCCUCCCCCCCUUCCUCUACCCCUACUCCCAUCCUCACCCCCCACCCUCCCCCAAAACACCACAGCCUGGUCAGAGGGUUAAAGUCAGGGGUCAACUCAUUCAAUACCAGCUGACCAUGUUUGACCUCCCACAUCAUGGGGGGGGGGCGCGCUAACCUAGCCUGUAAAAAAGACUGAACUCCAAAGCGGAGGAAGACAGAGACACUCUGGAGAGAGAGAGAGAGAGAGAGAGGGAGGGAGAGAGGGGAAGUUUCGGGGGCAGCAGAACCCGAGGAGUCGGCUGCGACGGGACAAGACUCAAAGUCGGAGCAACCCGCCAGAAAAAAAACAAAAACAAAAACACCCACGGUGAAGUCAGACUCUGCGCUCUGUGGACGCACGGCUUCCUCAGCCUCACAGCAUGGAGUCUCUACAUGGAGCUGAAAUCUACUCUCCCCCGCCCCCCCCCCCCCCUCAAAUCCAAGACAAGACUUCAGUCCCCCCUUAAUGCAGGCGUCAUAUCCCCAGAACCUCUGAGAGCAUGCUUGAUGAACCUGCAGGGAAAUUAUCUUAGUGUGCAAGCUGUGUGUGUGUGUGUGUGUGUGUGUGUGUGUGUGUGUGUGUGUGUGUGUGUGUGUGUGUGUGUGCGUGCGUGCGUGUGCGUGUGUGUGCUUAAAUGCACGUGUGUGUGUGUGUGUGUAUGUGACUCCCUGUUUAGGCAAAUUGCAGCAUUCUUAAUGAAACCUCAGGUAAAGUGCUUUAAGUGGACUUUGUCCUCCAAGGCAGUGGGAGGAGGAGGAGGAGGAGGGGGGAGGGGGUGGGGGUGGGGGGGGUCGCCAUGCUGUACAUGAUUUCAAGUUGUCAUUGCGGGAAAUGAAUCACUGUGUACAAAAUGGUCAUGCGCAUUUUGUAGAUAUUGAUGAUGUUUAAAAAGUAGAUAUUUAAAGAUUUCAGACGUUAACUCCAACAGAACAGAAAAUGCCUUGCCUUUUUGAGAUACACAAAAUCUAUGUUCCGGCAUUUCAUCAGACUUUUCUAGUUUGUUUCAUUUACUCGUCAGUGAGUGAAACUCAGUUCAGUAUUCAUCAGUGUUUUCUUUAAGUGACUGAGCUCCAAUCUUCCAUUUCAAUCACCUGCUGAAGCGUCAGACUAACUAUGAUACUAAGCUUACUUUGUUUAGAGGCAGAAGCUUUUCCUUUGUUUUUGUAGUCGGGGGGGCGACUCCCCCCUGGACUUAUGUUUAGACAAUUUAAGUCAGUUUUGAAAUUGUUUAGGACAAGAAUGAAGGUAGUGGCUCUUGAAUAACAGAGUGGAGCCAAGGACGACUACAUGGAGGAACCACUAUGGUGCAGUUGAACGCUGAUAUCAUGUGAAGUAUUAUUUUUCCUCGGCUUGUGAUUUACGUUCAGAAAUAAAGCGGGGGGGGGGGGGGGGGGCAAGGACCAUUGAAGGCAAUCGCACCUCGACACUUGCCCAUGGCCAAACUAAAGCGUUUAUCAGGACAAGCCAAGCUGCAGAAAUCAACGCCAUCCUUCUUUCCUCACUCCAGACGUGUGUGUGUGUUCGAACUUCCACACCAUGCUAUAGAAGUGCCAUGUCCUCUUUUAUGCUUUCACCAGAUGUUUGUAGUAUGAUUUGCACCUUUUUUUUUGUUUCGUUUGUUUUGUUUUUGUUUUUCUAAUUUUCAGAUCAGUUUUUUGCACUUUGAAAGUGUGUCGAGUAUUUAAAGAAACCUGUAAGAGGAAAAAACACAAAACGAAAAAAGUUGCUAAUAGCCAUGUUUUACUAUAUAUGUUUACUUAAGAGUUCCAGAAUUUACUACUGUGCUAAUGCAGCAAUAAUGUUGAGGAGUUGCAUCAAGACGCACUUGUCAACACAGGGAUUGAAAGAAAUUAAGAAAUAUCUGAUAUUUUUAUAACUGCAAAGAGUUAAGUAUGGAAAUAUUGAAUGCUUUAUGGAUAUGGGCACCUGCCUCCGGCAAAAAAAUAUCUAUACCUUACAGAAAAACAUAUGCUACGGAAAUAACUACAAAAUGUGUACAUUUGGUCUCCUUUAUCAUAGCUGACAGUUUAUAGUACUGUAUAUAAUCUUUGCUUGUGUCAUUUGAGAAUUCCCGAGUUAAAUGUAAGCUCCUUGUAAGCUUUCAAAGUGACAUGAGAAAUAAAGAUCUAAUGGUAACUGA